AUGCCAUCAGUGUUGGUCUUCCUGCGGGAUGCACUCGCUCACUACGAGUCGGGUGAGUUAUGUACCGCCCGACAGGCGGCAGAAGAGGCUCUUCAUGCCGCACAGCCGCACGAACACGAAGCGUUCGCGGAUUCAUUGCUUCUUUUGGGGAACAUUAGUGCUGCGGAGGGCGACUUCAUUACGGCAGAGCGGUACGCUGCAACGUGUAGUUGCUACGUUGAGGAACAUUUGGGCCCGCAACACAAUGGAGCCGCAGUGGUGAGGCUUAACCGGGCUAUAUUUUUGUUAGAGAGCCUUCGUGUGCAAUCCGUUACCACCGUGGCAGUUGUGGAGGAGGCGCAUGCGCUUCUGCUGGAGGCGGAGCAGCUCCUUGUGAAUGUUUGUCAUGUGGGGCGACUGGUGUUAGCGGAGGUGCUUCAUAACAUCGGGGUGUGUUGCGCACUUCUUGGGCGUUAUGUUGCAGCCUUAACGGCGUACAUGCGGUCCAUGCAAAUACGCGUAAGGUUUAAGGAUGCUGCGAGGGUUACGGAUCUUAAACUCGCCUUGACAAUGGAGCAGGUAGCACUGCUUUACCGUUUAAUGGAUGAGCCAAAGCGGCAGGAAGCCGCGCUGCUGAUGGAAGUCGUAGCCUCAACCCGCAGGCAACUUCUCGGCCCACAUCAUCCACUUUUAGCCGCAGCCGUUCUUGCGCAGGGUGUCAUUGCUGCUGAACUCGGCCAGCGGUGUCGGGCGCAAUCAUUUCUUCGCAACGCCCUUGAAAUGUUUUUGAGCCUUUACGGCAAGGAAUCGUUCCAACUCCAAUGCGCGGAGCGGCUGCUCGCUGAAGUAUCGUGA